CGCCGACUCGCACUUCCUCCUCUUCCCAUUCGAAGUUCAUGCGGGAGCCCACACACCGCCGCACUACAUCAGAGCUGGAUAUGAGCUCCAUGCGCCGCAUCAGCGACGCGCUGCUGCUGGCCCAGAACCGCGCACGCCGCGCCACGGACCGCGCAAAUCAGGCCGAACACGUAUUGGGUCUCGUACUGAACCAAGUGGACGUCCCCCGACUUCGUGUGGACUCACUGGCCGACUGGGAAAUGCUACGUGCGGCUGUUGCCUUCAACCCGGUGCCACGACGAAGAAUUGGCGACGUGGAGCUCAGUAACUUAGAGGACGCGUCGCCUGUGCCUUCUUCGUCUUCCUGCGUCGAAGAUGUUGCCAAAGACGUGGUGACCAACUUAAACGUCGCUAUGAGCCAUCACACACGCUACCUUGAGCAAUUGACGCUACCUACAGUGCACUUCUCGCUUUGGAAUUACAAGGACGGAGGUUUCUUCAGCCCCGUCCACUUCGUGGCAGGCCUUCUGGCUGGAGUCGUAGUGGGUGCUGUCGUGACUAAGCAGUGGCAGCUACAAUUUGUGCACUCGCGAGUGGAGAGUCCGUCGCUCUUUUCUAAACUGGCAAAGUGGUGUAGUCGGCGUGCACCCGCACCCGGCACACCGUGGCAUCUCAUGCCAUUGCCGAUGGACGAGUACAGCUACCUCAUGCACCCCGCGACGGUCGAGGUGGCGUAA